UUCAUUUCAAUAUUUCCGGUUUUGCCACAUCACAACAUGGAAGCUAUAUUCAGUAUUCCAUUUACGGUUUUGGAAGUUCCAAACCUUAAAUUAAAGCGACCAGGAUGGGUGAAACAACCGUCUGCAAUGGUCAUGUUUUCCAUGGUCCUGUUUUCGUAUUUCUUGGUUACUGGAGGAAUCAUUUAUGAUGUGAUUGUGGAACCUCCAAGUAUUGGAUCUACAACAGAUGAAAGGGGAAAUUCAAAGCCAGUUGCCUUUAUGCCAUACAGAGUUAAUGGUCAAUACAUUAUGGAAGGAUUGGCUUCCAGUUUUCUUUUUACAAUUGGUGGACUUGGAUUUGUUAUACUGGACAGAACAAACCAUUCCAUGCCUCGCCUAAACCGAAUUCUUCUCAUCUCAGUGGGAUUUAUAUCCAUUCUUAUCUCUUUCUUUAUGUGCAGAGUGUUCAUGAGGAUGAAAUUACCGGGUUAUCUGAUGGCAUAGAGAGAGACAUUUUCUACUUAUGUAUAAACAAUUCAUUUCAUUGUAAUUUUUUAGAAAUAAAUUGAAAUUAUUUGGUAAGAA